AUGACAUCCAAUAUUAUUCAACCUAGUGAAGAUCCAAACGACGAUGAUGAGUCUCAUCCUGUACAAGAGGAGCAUAACCAACGUAUCCGUACAACCAGAGAAAAUAAUAAUAAUAAUAAUCCUCAAUCAACACACCAUCAUCACCACUAUCACCCAUCUUUAUUUUACAGUAAUACCAACAUUAUGCAUCAAUUACAACCACCACAACAGUCGUUUCCAAUGUAUUAUCCAUAUAAUAAUAAAUAUUUACAACAGCAACAACAACAAACUCCUUCACCACAACCACCACAACAACAGCAGCAACAACCACUACCACUACCACCACCACCACCACCGCAAACACAACAACAAACAAAUAAUUUUAUAACACAUCACAACAAUAUAAAUCCUAUAUUGGGAAUGAACAGUACCACGGUCACAGGAUCGUCAGCAACCAAUAAUAAUAUUACAACAAAUCCUAAACACUUGUCAAAACCUCAAAAUGCAAUUGGAGGUGAUAUUUCUGAAGUUAACUAUGGUGGUCGAACAUCGUUGAAUGGCUUUGGAAGCCGUACAACUGGUAAUUUCUUUCAUCAUCUCCACCAAUCAGCACCAUCCACAUUCCAAACUUUGAACUCCUCCAUGGAGUUUGAGGAGCAUCAUCAACAACAAUUAUGUCCUUCAACAACAACAGCAACAAUAUUAACUCAUCAUAAUAAUAAUAACAUUGAAUCAAAUAGUAAUAAUAACAAUAACAGUAACAAUAAUAACAAUAACAAUAGCAGUAAUAAUAAUAAUAAUAAUAAAUCUAAUUUAAAUAAUAAUAAUAAUAAUAAUAAUCAUACAUCAUCUAUAAUAGGAGAUGCUAAUGAUUGUUCUAAUGGUAGUGUUUCAAAGUCUAGUAAUAGUUAUAUAAUUAGCAAUCAUCCAAAUGAUAAUAAUAAUAUUAUUAUUUCCAAACAAACAACCUCAAGUAAAUUGACAUCAACUUCAAUAUCUUCUUCUGUAAAUGAAUCAAAUCAACAUCAUCAAACAAUUAACAUUGCACCACCAACAACUACAACAACUACAACAAUGAACAUAAGAUCACAUUCACCGUCCACCUCCUCCUCAGAAUCAAGUUUGUCAGUGCCUCCUCUAAAUGUAAAUUUACAUCAAAUUGUAAAUCAAAGUAGUAAUGAUUUUGACGGAUCACCCAUACCAUAUGAAUUAUAUCAAAGUUAUCAAUCUUCACAACAAAUAAAUUAUCAUCACCAUCAUCACCAUCAUCAAUUACAAAAUAUUCCAAGCUCUUCUUCAUCAUCUUCUGGGUCAUCGAACCAUGGUAGUAGUCAUUUUGAUUCACCUAACACCUCGCCACACUCAACGCCAUCACAAAGUACAGCAAGUGAAAAUGACAGUCCCAAGUCAAUGAAAAGCGAAGAUAAGAAAUCAACACAACAUUUUUUCAAUUCACAUCAACAUCAACAACAUCAUCAACAACACCAACAACAUCAAGAAACACCCUCGUCUCCACCUCAAAUGGCGACAUUUGGAAAAACAAGUAUUGCCAGUUUAACUUCUCUACCAAACAAUAACAACGAUAGCGAUAAUAAUAACAAUGAUAACGACAAUAACGAUGAUGACAAUAACAAUAAUAACAAUGUAUCAACAUCAGAAGAUCAACCAAACUUGAUUGAAGAUGCUCUAAAUUCAACCAUCACUAUCGAUGGUGGACCAAAGUUUAAUAAUCGUGGCUACGAAAUAUGUGGCUAUAUGAACCAACACACAAGACCUUGCCAAAGAAUAGGUCGUUGUCCAUUCCAUGCCGACAAGAAAGAGAAAGACAAACAAAACCAAUUGGGACAAUCACAAUCCAUUGGUUUGAAUACUACUAUGACAACGACAACAACAACAACAACUUCAACUUCUUCUUCCUCAUCCUCAUCUUCCUCCACUUCCUCUUCCUCUAUACCAAAGCCAAAGAGGAAAGAAUCGAUCGAUGCUUCAGACUCUGUGGAAAGUCCACCGAUGUCUUCGUCACCACCAUCGAGCAAUGGAAUGCUUGACACAUCAGAGAAACCAUCGAACCCAUUGAAUUCCAGUGAGGAAGUGCCAAAUACACCUCUGAAGAAAUCACCUUUCAAACAAGGUUGGUCAAGAGACGAACACAUUCGUUUUCUUCAUGGAAUUCAACUGCAUGGUCGUGGCGCUUGGAAAGAGAUCUCCAACAUUGUUAAAUCGAGAACUCCAACCCAAAUCCAAUCACACGCUCAGAAAUACUAUCUCAGACAGCAACAGACCACCAAAAACAAACGAUCCAUUCAUGAUCUCUCAUUGGAGGAAUUGAUUCAACUAAAUGAUCCAACUGCCCAUACACUUGCUAAAAAGAAAACAAAGAACUCAAAGAAACAAAAAACAAACAACAAUAACAAUAACAACAAUAAUAACAAUAAUAAUUCAAAUAACAAUAACAAUAGCAACAAUAAUAACAAUGAAGAAAACGAUUUCCACAAUAGUAAUCAUUCAAAUAACAAUAAUAUAGAUUUAAAAUAUGAAAGAAUAGAUCAACAUAAUUCAAUAAGUAAUGAAUAUUUAGUAAAAGGAGUUCCGAAUUUUGAUGGUAAAUUUAUGAAUGGACAAUUCAAUCAGGCAAAUGGCAAUCAGGUUCAACAUGCAAUUCCUAUAUAUCCUUAUGUUUCGAGUAGUCCGGAGCUGGGUGGUCAUAUGGGUAGUGGAGGCCAGUUGCAUCACUCUGGCAGUGCUCAUUCGCCAACACUAUCGCCGUCGCCACCAAACUCUGCACGAAACUACCAUCCUCCACCACAUAAUCCAUACAGUCCUUACCACCACCUCUACCACAACGGCAGCCAUGCAUCGCCACCACCACCAAACUCUGCGAUACACCCACACCAUUCCGCACAGCAGCAGCAACCACCACCACCACUUCACCUCUAUGCUCACCAACAACCGCAAUAUUUACACAUGCCACCAAAUGGUCCGCCUUCCAUUCCAUACGGUAACAGUCACGAUAUAGUCUAUCAUCCUUCACAGUACCACAUUCAACAGCACCCACAGUUUCUCCAUAUGAUACCAUACUAUGAAAAUUAUUAUAAUCCUCAGAAUCAUCUUAAAACAACAAUACCUACCUUACCUCUUACCCAAUAA